AUGGCGAACAGUGGAUUUGGUGGCGGAUACGCGUCCCGCAACGGCCUGACGCGGAGGGAGCCGCUGUUUGGCGCCCCGGGCACCAGCAAGAUGCAGGUGCAGGAGGAGGAGGUGGACAUCGAGGCGGAGAUCGAGGGGCUGCGAGGACAGGUUGGCCAGCUGAAGGAGGUGUCGAAGGCCAUCCGGGAGGAGAACACGUUGCAGGCGAAAAUUGGCGCUGAGCUGGAGAACGCGCUGGUGCACGCGAAGAACAUGUUGCGGAGAGCGCAGCGGAAGCUGGACGUGGCGUACCGCCAGUCGAAGAGCAAUCACCUGCUCUUCGUUGUGCUCUUCGCCGUCGCUGUGCUGUUCCUGCUGUACUUCAUCGCAAAGGUCAUGAGCGUGCUGCGGUGGAUAUUCCGGCUGUGA